CGCAGACUGAGAUGCUUUUAACAGCUGCUGUGCUGUGGGCAGACUGACGCAGAGAGUACCAUGAUUCUGCUGACUCCAUCCUCUGAUGAAGAGUCUCUUGAACUCGACUGGCUUUGGAAUCACACGAAGUUCUGUGUGCAAAACAGAAUAGUAGGAACAUGACUUUAACCCUUUUUCACCUACAGACGUUAGUUUGUUAGACUAUUUUAGUUUUAAAAAGGGUUGCUAUGGUAAUCUUUAUGUUUAUUUUAUUUAGAGGUAUGUGGGUCUUUGUCGGCAGAGAACACUCUCUUGGCUACUUUUAUCACCUCAGCUUAUUAACUUCUGUGUGAAAUCUAAACUCACUAGCAAAGCCACAGACACUCAAGAACAAAGAUCCCUUUGUUUGCCUUCAUUGAAAACCCUCAGCAUUGCAAGGAUGAAGAACAGCCCUGGCCAUAGUGAAGUAGCUAGCGUCACUAGACCUUCCAGCUUUUGAAGUAAGAUGACCUAUCCAUGAUGCCUUUUAAUGUUUCAAGAUUCUGGCAUCCAUUCAAUGAAAGUCAAAUUAAAUUGCCCUUACACUCUUCGAUUACUUUAAUAACCGUAAUGGUUGAACACAGUAUUAUACAGUUACUUCUGAUAUGAACUUUGAUAAAACAAUACUUGGCUUUCAAAUAACAAAUGUAUAAAGAAAUUAUGUAAUUAGUAUGACAUUUCCACAAAAUACAAACAAUGACAAAGACCGAACAGGCAAACUGUUAUUGACGCUUUUUAAAAGCUACCCAUCCAUGUGAAAGUUGCUUUCAUGUUCUUUGUCAUUGUUCCAGGUCACUGUUUUGCCAGUCAACUAGCCUAAUGAAUCAACAGCCCAGUAGAGUCAAUAUCUCAGGGUUGCACUAUAGUACUAUGUAUGGACAGUCCAUUACUAUAGUAUAGUACCAUGUGUGGACAGUCACUUACUCUCUCCCCACCAGCCUGUCUCAGCUAUACAUGCACUAUAUAUUUGCUAAAUAUGUAUUCCGUGUGGCAAUGACUAUGACAAUAUUAACACUACCAAAUGGUGGUUACUGUACAUACUGUGCCAGCCCCUUCAUAUGAAUGUUUUAUUCUGAAAAGUGGAUUAGUCUAUCGAAUGGUGGGUCGCCAAUAAACUUACAUACUUCUUGGUAAGUGCUACUACUUUUUAUUAGCUACAUGAAUCAAUCUUGCAUAGGUUUGUAAAUAAUGUACAAUUUGUAUAUAAAAAAUGAAGUUUCUUUGCAAAUGUUCAUUCUUUGAUAACAAAUACAUUAUUUAAUACUGUGUAACAUUUAUUUAUUUAUAUAUUUUUAAGCACAACCUAAACCACUUGUGAAUUUUAUUUAGGUUCUCCCCUAUACUUGAAAUCUGCUGGUUACUAGUACUACUGUAGGUUGAACGCUGUACAGUAGGUUGGGUGCAUGAGGUUUGACUUUUUCCCUUUAAUUUUCAUUCAUCUUUUUUCAUAUCUUGGUACAGCUGCUGAUUCUGUCCUGGUCUUGAGGAGGGGCCACAUAAGUAGCAAGCCAAACGAGCCAAACAAGUUAAAGCUGAUAAUUUGCAAAGAAAAUAUUGGUUAUAGCAAUGAUUAUCUUUCGCGUGUUUGGUUUGUUUGACAUAUCUGUUUAAACAGGAUUUACAUACUGUACAGCAGUUUAAGUAUGGCCAUCAGAUAUGAUAUGGUCCUAUCAUAUCUGUAGUGUUUUAGCUACAAUCCUCUUAAUAGCAGCUAAGUGACUCUAACAUAGACCACCAGCUAAUAGCAAUCACUGUCUUCACUGCUCUCAGGUUUCUUCCAGCGCACCAAUAAGCUUUUUCUAAGCGAGCAGGCCACUGGUGUCCAGCUCAAGGAGUUUGUACGCAAAAAUGCAGCCAACGCUCUGUCUAUGGCAAACAUGCUCAUGGGCAUGGCCUCUAUCCUCUGCAGCCUGAAUGGCCACCAACAUGCUGCCUGCUGGCUGGUCCUGAUUGGCUACCUGCUGGAUUUGGCAGAUGGGGCAGUUGCCAGGCAACUGGAUGCAUGCUCUGCACUAGGUGCUAAACUGGAUGAUUUUGCAGAUUUCACAACCUUUGGGAUUGCAACUUCAUUGCUCCUGAGGACACAUGCCUUAAUGGACAACAUCCUGUGCAUGUGCUAUGUCCUGUCUGUGUUUGUCCGCCUCUGCUUCUUCUCCAGCGGCAUCCCCUUCAUGUACCGUGGCCUGCCGUGCAUCUACUCUUCCGCCAUCCUGGCCUGUCUCUCCCUGCUGACCGGAGGUAACAUGGUGAUCCUGCGGGUCACUGCUGUGGCCAUGAUCCUCUUCAUGGUCAACCAGGGCUUCUACCCUCAUGACAGGGUCCUGGAGUCACAGGCCUGGAAGAAGGUGGUCUACGCUGGAGGAGUUGUCAUGGUGUUCUGUCCCUCUUUCCCUCCGGCAUGUGUGUACUACCUGUUGUGGUCUGUCUCCUACAUUUUGUUCCCAACAUCUCUUUGGAGUUGCAAAGUGUAGGAGUUAAAGGCCUUGCUCCAAACUCACACAUGGCUUGUCAACAGGCCGUCCGGCGGGGUUAACUAAAGCUCCCAGACUGCUGCUGCUAGCUAUCCACAGCGGAUCGAAAAAGGACGUAAGAGGACGUUUUAAUGUUUUUGUAAGAUUGAACUGCCUUUUUCGUCGACCACUUGAUGGAUAAUGUGAAGUACCUUAGCCAUUUUGUUUUUGAUUUAAUACAGGCUUUGGGUAUCUGUAGUUAUGUUUUUACAAUACAACGGCAGAAUUGUACUGUACUGUCUUGUGUGUACUGUGUGCAUAAUUGUGCUUGAGAUCAUUCCAACUAUUAAUAAGUAUUUUCAGUAAAUAAUAAAGUCAUUUGAGAAACUU